UGAUUUACUAGUGGUGUUAACAGGAGGCAGAACGACUAUUUAUUCUGCUCCUUUCAGCAGACAGAGACUAUCCUAGAUCAAACUGCGUUUUACCACGUUUAUUGGAAUCACUUUAGACCAUUUCUCAGGGCAUGGAUUUAUUGGAUCCUGUUUCCCUGUUGUUGCUAUUUGUCCUUUCGGUGGCAUUCUUUCUGAAAACGGGCAAUUUCUGGAACACCAGCAAGGAAAAUCUCCCUCCAGGACCGAGGCCAUGGCCCCUUGUUGGAAAUCUCCACCUUGUAGACUUGGCGAGGCCUUACAGAACCAUGUCCCAGUUAUCGAAACAGUAUGGUCCUGUCUUCAGCUUCCAAUUGGGAUCCCAGAAAAUGGUCGUUCUGACAGGCUACGAGACGGUAAAGGAGGCUUUGGUGAACCAGGCAGAUGCCUUUGCGGAGAGGGCCAUGGUCCCAAUGUUUGAAGAGUUUGCAAAAGGCUACGGAGUUAUCUUUGCUCACGGUGAGAACUGGAAGGUGAUGCGGCGGUUCAUGUUAAGCACACUGCGUGACUACGGAAUGGGCAAGAGGACCAUAGAGGACAAGAUUGUGGAAGAAUGCCAUUUCCUAAAACAGAAACUUGAAUCUUACAAAGGAAAACCAUUUGAGACCACUGUAAUCAUGAACGCUGCUGUCGCCAAUAUCAUAGUGUCCAUAUUACUUGGCAAGCGAUACGAAUACGAAGACCCCACUUUUGUAAGGCUACUGAACUUGGUCAGUGAAAACGUCCGGCUUCUUGGAAGUCCCUCAGUCACGCUGUGCAACAUGUUCCCUGCUCUGGGUUUUCUCUCUGGUGGUCGCAAGACAGUCCUUCAGAACAGGAAAGAAAUGCACGCUUUCAUCCAGGCCACCUUCAUAGAACACCUCAAAGAACUGGAUGUGAACGACCAGAGGAGUUUUAUCGAUGCUUUUCUAAUUCGACAGCAAGAAGAGAAGAACAAGAACCAGAUGAACGGGUUUUUCCAUAACGAAAACUUAAAGUCUUCUGUGGGGAAUUUAUUUGCUGCUGGCAUGGAAACCACCUCCACGACCUUGCGUUGGGGCCUGUUGCUGUUGAUGAAGUACCCUGAAGUUCAAAAGACGGUCCAAGAAGAAAUUACAAAGGUGAUCGGGUCUGCUCAGCCCCAGACAGAACACCGAUCCAAACUGCCGUAUACAGACGCAGUCAUCCAUGAAGUUCAGAGAUUUGCUAAUAUUCUCCCUAUGGGUUUACCUCAUGCCACCACUGCGGACGUCACUCUGAAAGGAUAUUUCAUUCCAAAGGGAACACAUAUCCUUCCAUUGCUGCACUCCGUGCUGUACGAUGAAUCUCAGUGGGAAAAACCACUUCAGUUCUAUCCGGGGCACUUCCUUGACUCCGAAGGAAAGUUUGUCAAGAGAGAUGCCUUCCUGCCUUUCUCUGCAGGUCGGCGAAUUUGUGUCGGUGAGACCCUGGCCAAAAUGGAGCUCUUCCUCUUCUUUGUGAGUCUCCUGCAGAGAUUCACUUUCCAGCCAGCCCCCGGGAUGUCGAAAGAAGAUCUGGACCUGACCCCUGCAGUUGGGGCCACGACACCUCCGAUGCCUUACCGUUUCUGUGCUUUGCCGCACUCAGCUUUUCCUCCUCCUUCCUCGGCUUCCUUCCACGUGGUCUCCCAAACAAACUUUUGCUUCUUCUCUCCCAACUGCACUACCAUUUCUGCAGUCAUGGAUUUAUUGGAUCCUGUUUCCCUGUUGUUGCUAUUUGUCCUUUCGGUGGCAUUCUUUUUGAAAAUGGGCAAUUUCUGGAGCACUAGCAAGGAAAACCUCCCUCCAGGACCAAGGCCAUGGCCCCUCUUUGGAAAUCUCCACCUCCUAGACCUGAAGAGGCCUUACAGAACCAUGACGCAGUUAUCGAAACAGUAUGGUCCUGUCUUCAGCUUUCAAAUGGGUUCCCAGAAAAUGGUCGUUCUGACAGGCUACGAGACGGUAAAGGAGGCCUUGGUGAACCAGGCAGAUGCCUUUGCGGAGAGGGCCAUGGUCCCAAUGUUUGAAGAGUUUGCAAAAGGUUACGGAAUUGUCUUUGCUCAUGGUGAGAACUGGAAGGUGAUGCGGCGGUUUUUGUUAACCACGUUGCGUGACUACGGAAUGGGCAAGAGGACCAUAGAGGACAAGAUUGUCGAAGAAUGCCAUUUCCUAAAACAGAAAUUUGAAUCCUACAAAGGAAAACCUUUUGAGACCACUGUAACCAUGAAUGCUGCCGUUGCCAAUAUUAUAGUGUCCAUAUUACUCGGCAAGCGAUACGAAUACGAAGAUCCAACCUUUGUAAGACUCCUGAAUUUGGUCAAUGAAAAUGUCCGGCUUAUUGGAAGUCCCUCAGUCAUGCUGUACAACAUGUUUCCUGCUCUGGGUUUUCUCUCCGCUGGCCGAAGGACUGUCCUUGGGAACGUCAAGGAAAUGCACGCCUUCAUACAGGACACCUUCAUAGAACACCUCAAAGAACUGGAUGUGAACGACCAGAGGAGCCUUAUCGAUACUUUUCUAAUCCAACAGCAAGAGGAGAAGAGCAAGAACCAGAUGAAUGAAUUUUACCAUAACGAAAACCUAAAGGUUUCUGUGGGGAACUUGUUUGCUGCUGGCAUGGAGACCACUUCGACUACUUUGCGUUGGGGCCUGUUGCUAAUGAUGAAAUACCCUGAAAUUCAGAAUAAGGUCCAAGAAGAAAUUACAAAGGUGAUUGGGUCUGCUCAGCCUCAGACAGAACACCGGUCCAAACUGCCGUAUACAGACGCGGUCAUCCAUGAAGUUCAGAGAUUUGCUAAUAUUCUCCCUAUGGGUUUACCUCAUGCCACCACUGUGGACGUCACGCUGAAAGGAUAUUUCAUUCCAAAGGGAACAUAUAUCCUUCCAUUGCUGUACUCUGUGCUGUAUGAUGAAUCCCAAUGGGAAAAACCACUUCAGUUCUAUCCGGGGCACUUCCUUGAUUCCGAAGGAAAGUUUGUCAAGAGAGAUGCCUUCCUGCCUUUCUCUGCAGGUCGGCGAAUUUGUAUUGGUGAGACCCUGGCUAAAAUGGAGCUCUUCCUCUUCUUUACAAGUCUCCUGCAGAGAUUCACCUUCCAGCCAGCCCCUGGGAUGUCGAAAGAAGACCUGGACCUGACCCCUGCAGUUGGGGCCACGACACCUCCGAAGCCUUUCAGUUUCUGUGCUUUGCCACGUUCUUAAGAUCGAGCGAUGCUUCGCUU